UAGAGAUGGCCGACACCCCGAAGCGGCCUGAGGCCGACCUCAAGAACUUCUCCUGUCUCAGCUGUCGCCAGCGAAAAGUCAAAUGCGACCGCCGCGCCCCUUGCCAGAACUGCGUAAAGGCGGAGCGGCCGUGCAGCUUCGUCGCGCCGGUGCGCGGCAAGAGGAAGCGGACGAAGCCGCCAAAGGAGACGCUGCAUGCGCGGGUGAAGCGGUACGAGGAGAUGCUGAAGGCGUAUGGGGCCAAAAUCGAACCCUUUGAGGAUGGCGAAGAGUCUGGAUCGGAGAUGGAGAGCGGGAGUAGUGUUACCCCUGAGAGGGGGGAGCCUAUGCCGAUGAGGAAGCAGACGAGUCGUGCGUCCGAGGAGGCAAAGCCCAAGUUUAUCAUGAAGGAGGGAGCGUCGAGAUACUUUGAUAGGUAUUCAACCAACUUCAACGAUGUCGGGGAAGCCAUUCCACUCGAACCAGACAGCCAGCUCGAUGAAUCGGGCCUCUUCUUUGAGCCAGAGGGCGACAAGCCCGAUGCCCUUGUCAAGCUUCAUCCUUCAAUGCCACUGCUCUCGAAGAUCAGGGACAUCUACAAAGAUCGCGUUGAUCCGAUGAUGAAGAUCUUGCAUCUCCCCACGUUCUGGGUCGCCAUGACAAACGCACUGCAGCGGCCUCUCGAGAUGCCAAAGAGCCUGCAAUCGCUUGUCUUUGCGUUUUAUCUCGCCACCAUCAGCUCGCUGAAAGAAGAAGAAGCCAAGAACCUGUUCGGGGCGCCGUUGUCAGUCAUUGUCAAACACUACCGAAUCGCCACGCGACAAGCCUUGAUCAAUGCCAGAUUCCUCUCAACGUCAAAUAUCAUGACUCUUCAAGCCUUUUCCAUUUUUACGAUCUGUGUCAGGAAGGUAUAUCGCUGCGAUACCCUCUAUAUCCUCUCCGGCGUCGCCAUCCGCCUCGCCCGCAAAAUGGGCCUCCACCGCGACGGCACAUUCCUCGGCCUGUCCCCCUUUGAAACAGAAAUGCGGCGGCGUCUCUGGUGGCAUCUCGCCCACGUCGACUGUCGAACGGCCGAUGUCAUGGGCACGAAGCCUUCUCCCGAGAUAUCCAGCGGCGACGUGAAAGCGCCACUCAAUGUCGAUGACGACGAGCUCUAUCCCGACAUGACCUCUUUGCCAAAGGAGCGCAAUGGGAUCACGGCAAUUACUCUAUGUCUGCUCAAGUGCGAAAUCAUGGAUACGCUGUGCAAGUUUGCAAAAGUGUAUCCCGGCGACGCGCGCUGGGAGAUGCUCUACGAUCCGGACAUUUCGCUCGAGGGGAAAGACAGAAUCAUAGACGCGGUCGAGGACCAUGUAGAAAAAAAGUACCUACGGUACUGCGACCCGUCGAAUCCACUGGAUACCUUCAUCUCCAUCAUGGCCCGGGCGGCUGUCUGCAAGAUGAGGCUGUUCGCACACAACAUGCGGCAGUUUGCACACCUGUCGGCAAAGGCCUCUAGAAAAGACCACGACGUCUCGUUCUUCAACGCCAUGAAGCUCCUGGAGUAUGCAAAUCUGAUACAAAGAGGGCACCUGGGCCUGGACAAGUACACGUGGCAGAUCGGCACCAGCUAUCUCUGGAACACGAUGCUGUACCUGCUGAUCGAGGUGCGCGCACGCAGGACUGGGCCCGACAUUGAUAAGGCAUGGCAUUUGAUCGGGGUCGUCUUUGAACAAUGCCCUCAGGUGCUGGAAGAGUUCACCGGAUCUGUCUAUGUCGCGCUGGGGAAAUGGACCCUCGAGGUCUGGAACUCGUACGUCGCUGCUUCAAAGGAGGAGGGCCUCCCAGAGCCGGUGGCUCCGGAGUAUAUCAACGAAAUUCGAGAAUGGCAGCGAGUCAAGAAAGAGUCAGAAGCGAAGGCGAGAAGCGACAGGACAGAGGCAAGGCCUGUGUCGCGGCAUUUCUGUGGGUAUGACAAGUUCUCGUAUGCGGACUAUCUAGACGGGGGCUUUGCAGAGGCUCAGUAUUUUCCGAACCUGCUGUCGUUUGAGUCGGAUCCGAAUCAGUGGCUGCAGUGGGAGCAGAUGGUGGCCGAGCAGGCGGGUUUCUAA